AUGGCCAAUAUGCAUCACAAUCAUGAUUCAUCCAUUUAUUUUUAUCAUCUUAAUGAACCAUUCGGUGAGUUUAGCAACUUUUAUUCAGCACCUAUUGAACUUGAUGGACAUAUCUGGCCAACUGUUGAACAUUAUUUUCAAGCACAAAAGUUCUCGCACAAUAAACAUCGUUUCAAACAUAUUGUACAAUUGUCCACACCGCGAGACGCUUUUGACUAUGCACAAAUGCAUCGUGAUGAAAUACGAUCAGAUUGGAUGGAUAUCAGAGAUGCCGUAAUGUUUAAAGCAUGUAUGGCUAAAUUUCAACAGCAUCCACAUCUUAAACACAUGUUAUUAACAACUGGACACCGUACUCUGGUUGAGCAUACUAAUAAAGAUUCUUAUUGGGGUGAUGGUGGAGAUGGAACAGGUGAAAAUCGAUUGGGAUUUACCCUAAUGAAAGUUCGAAAUGUGAUCAAACAUCACCACUGA